GUCAAUAUCCAUCCCUGGUGUCAGUCCCCCUGCAGAGCCCUUGUCUGGGCCCAUUCCGCCCUGUGUCCCCUGUGAGUGGCUGUUCCUGAGAACGUGUGCCAGAAACCCCAGGGUACUGCUCACUGCAUCCAGUGCUCCCCGGCCAGCUGCUCCAUAUGGAGACGGGGAACCCAGAAAAUGUGCUCUCCCACGUGCAUCGUUGUGCGGCCCUCACCAGCGACACCUUCGACCGGCUCCUGGCAGGGGAUCCGCAGUACUGGAGCUGUAAGAGCAGUGUGGCAGCCUUCAUCCUGGAGCGAGAGGUGAUGGACACGCAGCAGGGUUGCAGGGAGACCUUUGAGCUGGUGGCGCUGGGCACUGGUGAUACCUGCUACGGUGGCUGGCUGGAUUUCAGAGGCUGGCGGCUCCAGGACAUGCACGGCCUGGUGGUGGCUCGCCGGGCACUGCAGAGGUACCUAUACAAACAGCUUCUGCUGUGGUGCAGCGUGAAGGAGCCAGUGGACCGGGAGAAAUGCAUCUUCCAGCCCUCAGCAGAGCAGGGGCUGCUGGCCCUCAAGCCGAAGGUCUUUGUGCACCUGUAUCUGAGCUGCGUGCCCACAGGGGCCUCCGAGAACUUCCCCAUCCCGUUCCCUGGGAGGAAGCCCUUGGGCAGCCUCUACGUCCAUGCCAAGGGCACGCUGACGCCCGUCUCCAGCUGCCCCGCAAGCCUGCUGGCCGCCUGCGUCUGCUGCGCCUCCGGCAGCGACAAGCUGAACCGCUGGAGCGUGCUGGGCCUGCAGGGGGCGCUCCUCAGCCACUUCAUGGAGCCGCUGUACCUCUCCAGCAUCAUCCUAGCGGACCCCAGCCCCACCCAGCCUGCCCUGAACUGGGUCAUCAACGAGCGGCUGCAGCUGGGCCCCGAGGCCGACCUGCCAGCCCCCUAUGCCCAGCACCAGGUCUGCUUCUUCCUGGGACCCCACGUCGGCCCCCUUAGCUCCAGCGCCGAGUGCAGCAGGCUGAGCCUGAACUGGUGCCGUGGGGACGCAGCCCCAGAGCGGGUGGACGGCACCACUGGGCUGCCUGUGCUGAAAAACCCCGCCGCGGAGGACCAGGUCUUCCCCAGCCAGAUCUGCAAAGCCGCCAUGCUGCGAUACUUCAGGGAGGUGGCGCAGCAGAUGAACAGGAAUGCCCUGCUGGCACUGCCCACUUACCACCAAGCCAAGAGCCAGGCUGAGUCUUACCAGAGCGCCAAGGAACAGCUCUUCGCUCACCUGACCUCCCAAGGGCUUGGCAAGUGGCCUCAGAAGCACCUUGUGGACAACUUCACCGGCUAGGCAGUGAAAUAGCCCCAGGGGGGUGUGGCCACCUGCCUCCUGGAAAUGCCCCUGGGCUAGGGGGGAAGGAAUAAAAUCCAGAGACUGUUGCAAA